UUGAGUUGAAACAAACUUUUGAUGUAGUUUUGGCACUUUGGAUUUGACAGUUCAAUUUUGUGGCCAAACAAGCUAUUGAUUAUUUUGAUCUUACGAUGAAUGCCCGGUUUUGUGUGACUUCAGUGGUUAGCUUGAUUGGUUAUUUUGUAAUAACCAGAGCAGGGGUUUCUAUAGGCAAAUGUCCCAACUGGAUCAAAGGGGUUCCGGUAGACCAGGAAGACUAUGGCGGUAUCUGGUUCGAAAUCAAACGAAUAGAUUCGUUCAUGGAGCCAGGAAAUAGCUGCAACUUCAUACAAAACACAUUCUAUACAGAUAGCAAAGGUGUGCGUCAUGUUAGAGUCAAUAACACGGGAUUCGACGGGUCCCGCUACAUUAGCAGUGUUGCUGACGGGACCCAGCCAGAUCCUUCUACGCAUACCUUCAAUUUCAACCCGGCCACAAUCUCAAAUAGCGUCAUCCGGAACCUCGAGCCUAACUUCUUUAACAUUUACGCCGACAAAGACUUCGUUCUUUCGUACUCGUGCCAAACUGUAGCAGGAAUAAUGAAAGCAGAAUGCGUGAUUUUGGCAUCUCGUGAUCGAUUUCCAAAGGACACUGAAAAACUGAAACGAGUUGAAGGGGCUCUUGCUCAGCAUGGAAUCAAUAAGAAGUUUGUAAACGUCAACCAUGAAAACUGCCCACCCAUUCAAGCGGAAAAACAGAACAUGUUUUUAAAGCUUAUGAGCUUUUUGGAGGACUGAUAGCUUGAACUUGCCAAAGGAUUUGCAAUUGCUGAUUAAAAUUACACAAGAAGAAAUUACACAUUUUACAUUUUAAAUUGGAGUUUUGAUCUUUCUCAAA